UGUCACCGCAAAAGCAAAAUUCUCAGGAAAUGACCACAACGGCCAUUGAGAGAGAAGCAAAUCUUCGAGCUCAAAAGAAAAAGAUUCUGCAGCGGUUGAAACAUUCAUCUGCCACAACUGAAAUUACAGACGGUAGUGUAGUACCAGCCGGUAAAGAUACACCUAGUUUAUUUGAUCAAGAGGAGCUACUGAAUUUAAGACGUCACCAUCGUAUUGGAAAUGGAGAAGAUACUAAAGUCGCGUGCCGGGAGAAGGUGAAUGAAAAUUUAAAAAGCCGGUUGCCUACCGUUUACAAGACUUGUAGGGAAGUUGAUAAAUCCAAGCCGAGUAAAAUCCCUAGAUAUGUCCAGGGAAAUAAGAGUAUUUUUUCAUCGAGGACACGACGACAAUAUUCCGAAGAAGCAGCUGAAGUUUGUGACAGGGAAGAAGCGGAAAAGGAAACGAUAAACAUCUCGAUUGUUGUUGAUACUACAGAACCUGAACAAUCCACCCCCUCAUCGCCGUCGGCGCCUUCGCAAUAUCAUCGGAAAAAGACCGAAAUAAGGAAAAAAGCACACGAAAGGCGAAGAAACGUUGUAUCACCAAGCUCGAGUGCCUUCGACAUAUUUUCGAAUGACGACGAUUAUUUAACCGUGUAUGACAUGCAACCUCGUCGUUGCACCAGCCUCACCGAAUUAGAUUAUACGCAAAAAAGGAACGUUGAAAGCAAAAGAACCAACACAAGCUGCUCUCUUGACAGAAAUAAAAAUUAUGGAAGUAAGUCUUGGAAUUUUAAAGAGCCUUUUCCUAUCCCAAGGACUUCGAGCUGGUCUUUACUUUAUGAAUUAACCCCCACAACAGAAAAAGAAGAAAUAAACUUUCAGUGGUUUGCUCGACGGCAACAGGAGAGGCUAGAGGAUAAUUUGCGACGCGUGGAACAAAACCUGGACUCAACUUUUAAUAAAUUACGAAAGUAUGUCAAGCCUGAAACUGCUCUGGGAAGAGCAGAAAGUUCAGAAAACACUUGAUUAAAAUCUGCUUUUUAAUUCACCUGUUAAAUGAUGGAUUAAUGGAUGUAGCUGUUGGCAUUGAAAUUCGCAGCAAAAUGGAAUAAGCUACUAGCACCCUAAAAUGUUUUUGGUUUAUUAGAAACAAGAAGACACAGAGCCAAUUUCCUUUUUUUUCUUCUUCUGAAUUUAACCCGCUUAUGACUUGGAAAAUAUAGUUUGCAUAUGAAGACAAUAUUCUGUGUAUACCAGCUUCACAGUCUUCACAAAGAAAAGGCUAACAGGAGUGUUUGCCACCAGCUAAGAAGGCGAAUAUUUCACUGCAAACUGCUAUUAAAUAUUAAUGAUAAUUGGAUUUUAGCUCCUUCAGAUACGCGAGAGUUACGCAUGCUUUCAGCCUCAAACCACAAGAAUCAAUGCUAAAAAUUAGGUAGUAUGCUCUUAGACUCAGUUCGAAUUUGCGGUUCGUUUACGAUGUAGAAGGAAAGAAGAUGAUCUGUUUUCCUCUUCGUACUGUUGAAACAUUCACUAAAAAUUCAUCAUCUACCUGGAGCGAUUAUUGAAAUUGUAAACAUGCAGUUUGACGGACAGGCGGCGUCAUAAUUUGAAGAUUUUGUCGCUGAGUUGAAAUGAAGGAGCUUGAUUCCAGCUCAAGAAGAUGUCUAUCAAUUAUUUUCUAAAACAAGCGCAAAAUAAUUUAAAAAAUAUUCUCAUUU